GCCAUGCGCCUAACCUAAAACCUGAACGAACUGUUCACUGACACAUCAAGUGUUUUUUCCUGCAUUUUUUGACAAUUAAAAUCGUAAAAAAAUGUCGAAUGCAGAAGAAUCGAGUCAGUCGACGUCUGACAAUGAUUUUCAAAGUGGUGCUAAUACCCCUGAACCUGGUGCGUCCACCAAGGGUCUCAAAAUCGAAAAGAAAAGAAAACGUGGAAUUAUUUAUUUAUCGAAUAUACCUAAAUACAUGAAUGUGACGACUGUCAGAGAGAUUUUUUCAAAAUAUGGUGAAGUGGGAAGAGUUUAUUUACAAUUGGGGAAUAAUGCAGAUGAUAAGAAAGAUGGAAAAAAGCCAAAGAAAAAAAAGAAAGAGGCCUCGAGAUAUUUUACAGAGGGCUGGGUUGAAUUUGAAAGAAAGAAAAUAGCGAAAUAUGUGGCAGCAACACUGAACAAUACGCAGAUCUCCACCAGGAAAAAGAGUAAAUUCUACGAUAUUAUUUGGAACAUAAAAUAUCUUCCACGAUUCAAAUGGGUUCAUUUAAGUGAACGUUUGGCUUAUGAAAAAGCUGUUCACAAGCAAAGAUUGACCACAGAAAUAGCCCAGGCCAAACGGGAGGUAAAUUUCUUCUCCUACAACGUGGACAGGAGUAAGAAAUUGAAAAUUAAAGAGAAAAAGGGGGAGACUACGAAUUUCGUCAUGCCUGAGGUUAAACAGAGGGAGACAGACAUGGAAAUUAGGAAAAGGAAGAAUGAGAAUAGUAGUGAGGACCGUACGCAAUUCCUUAAGUCACUGUUCAGCUGAUUUUCUAUGUACGAAAUUAAACAGACUCAUUUUUAU